AAACGAAUAUUCAAGAUAAAGAAACAAAUAAUAAUAAUAUAACGAUAAUAAUAUAAAAUUAAUAUUAUUAUAUUCGUAAUAGUUAUAAUUGUAAUAAAUAAUAUAAAAUGUCAAAGGUUAAUGAUUUUGGAUUUACAGAAGAUACAGGAGAAAACCAUGUAGAUAUAUCUAUAUCAAGUCCAUUUAUUGAAACCAAUAUAGCAGGUGGAGGAAGCGGUAAAAUAGGAAGUCCCGGUGGGAAUACAAAUAAUAGUAUAGGCAGUGGCAAUAGUGGAGUAUCAUUAGACGACGAAAAUAAUUUUUUUAAUAGUAAUAAUAACAAUAACCAAUCAUCAAUUGUGAAACUUUUCAAAGGAUUAUCACACCCAAUAGCAUCAUCGGUACAUGUACUCUUUAAAGUAACACCGUUAAUUUUAUAUUUAUUUUCAUUUGGUAAUAGUUUUAUCUUAACAUUUAUUAUAUGCACAUUGUUGUUAAGUUUCGAUUUUUGGACUGUUAAAAAUAUUUCUGGUCGUUUAAUGGUUGGAUUAAGAUGGUGGAAUCAGGUUUUAGAUGAUGGCACAAAUAAGUGGUUCUAUGAAACUGCUGAAGAGGGAUAUAAAGCCAACCAAAUUGAAUCUUAUAUAUUUUGGUUAGGAUUAUAUGCUACCCCUUUAGUGUGGGUCUUAUUCUUUAUUGUUUGUAUAUUUAAAUUGCAAUUUAUUUGGAUUUUAAUUCCAAUCAUUGCAAUAUGUUUAUCUUUGGCCAAUAUUUAUGGAUUCUACAAAUGUUCAAGCAACAGUGGAUCAAUUGUAUCAUCAUUCGCAACAAAUCUCAUUGGAAAAUCUAUAAUGUCAAAAGCUUCAUCAUUUAUGAACUAAACAAUAUAAAUAAAUAAUUAUAAAAUAUAAAAUAUUUAAAUAAAAAGUAUAUAAAUUAAUGUUUUAAACAUUUUUUUAAUAUUGUGCGG